GAAGAAGGAUUUAGAGCUAGAAUUGUAGAAUUAGAACGGAACGCAAAAGAAAAUGCUGAGAAUGAGAAGCGAAGUCAGAUAGAAAAUUCUAAACUUAAGGGUAGAGUAACAAAACUAGAACGUGAUAUCAAGGAGAUUAAACAGAAACAAAUUACACCUAUUGAAAACCAUCCCGAUAAAAAGAAUGCGCAGAUCACUGAAUCGAUUCCUAAGGAAUUAUCUAUUUCUCCUGAAAUAAAUUCUAACAAUACUACUGAAGAGAUAAAUCUUUCUCAUAGAGAAA